AUGGAGACCCUGGAAGGAGCUGAACUCUGCUUUCCACACCUCCUCAACACCUCCUGCAGGAAGAACACACAUCCUCAAUCCUGGGUCAUGAUCAUCUACAUCCUGCUGUCCUCCAUGUCUCUGCUCACUGUGGCUCUCAACCUGCUGGUCAUCAUCUCCAUCUCCCACUACAGGCAGCUGCACACCCCCACCAACCUCCUCCUCCUCUCCCUGGCUAUGUCAGACCUCCUUGUGGGAAUCUUGUUGCUGUUUGAAAUCCUGCGUAUAAGGCCCUGCUGGUUUCUGGGUGAUUUAAUGUGUGCUUUGUAUCCCAUUGUGUUGUUUAUCAUUACCUCCUCCUCAAUAGGAAACAUGGUGCUCAUAUCAGUCGACCGCUAUGUGGCUAUUUGUGACCCUCUGUGUUAUCCCACCAAAGUCACUCUGAGGAGAGUUAAAAUCUCUGUUUGUCUGUGGUGGAUCUGCUCUGUUUUGUACAGCAGUCUGGUUCUGAGUGAUACCCUGAAGCAACCAGGCAGGUCUAAUUCCUGCCAGGGAGAGUGUGUGAUUGUCAUUAAUUCUAUCACAGGAGCUGUUGACUUUAUUUUAAACUUUAUUAUCCCUAUUACUGUAAUCAUAGUUCUGUAUAUGAGAGUGUUUGUGGUGGCUGUGUCUCAGGCUCGUGCCAUGAGAUCCCACAUUGUGUCUGUCACUCUGCAGCCUUCAGGGACUGGAACUGCUAAGAAAUCGGAGCUGAAAGCAGCCAGGACUCUCGGUGUUGUCGUAGUUGUGUUUCUAAUGUGCUUCUUUCCAUUUUACAUCAUCUCUCUGGCAGGUCAAGUCUCUGUCUCAUCUACAGCUGCUGUGACCUAUGUGUUCUAUUUAAACUCUUGUCUAAACCCUGUGAUCUAUGCCUUUUUCUACCCCUGGUUUAGGAAAGCUGUUAAACACAUAGUUUCAUUUCAAAUCCUAAAGCCCAACUCCCGUGGGACCAAACUGCUGUAGAGAGAGAGGCUGUGGAGACUUUUUAUAUGACGGAGGAAACAUCAAAAUGUUCUUUUUUUUGAUGAGUCAAUGGACUGAACUGAAAAAGCCUGAACAAGUCUGGAAAAAUAAGCGGACAUGCUGUGGUUCUUAUGUUUAAGAUAUGAGUCAAUAUUGUAAAAUAUUCACCAUCAGAGCAUCUCUGUUUCCCACUGCUGUUUAUUCUCAGCCUCAGUGACAGAAGCAGCUAUUCUUACAUAUUCUGGCCUUUAGCUGACUGCUUCACUGUGUUGCUCAAAGGCACUUUGACAGGUGAUGCUUCUUUUAUACAGUCAUCAAUCUUUCUGUCUGACAAAGUCUCCAUUUAGACCUUAGACUGGACUACAUGCACAUCAUGUCCAGCUGUUUUAGCUCAGGCUGUUUAUUCUCAGCUUAGUUUUACUUUAUGUCUAGUUCAGGUUUUAGUUUAGUUUUUAUUAGUUCCACUGUCAGUUUUAGUCUUUUCUCCCUGUUUAAGGUAUUUGUCAGGGGUGAGUUUCAA